GCCAACGCGAAGGCGCAGGCCGUGACCGUCGGCGGCGGCUUCGGCGGCGGCGCCAGCCAGGCCAACGCCAAGGCGACCGCCGCCACGUACACCCAGCGUGGCUUCGGCGGCUUUGGCGGCUUUGGCAACCCCUACUUCAACCGCGGCUUUGCGCCUUACGGCGGCUACAACCAGGCGCAGGCGCAGGCACAAGCCCAGGCGCUGGCCGCCGGCGGCGGCGGCUGGCGCGGGCUGCUGGGGCUCGCGAACUAG